GACGAUCAGGCUCGGAUGUAGAAGCUGACAGACUGACCUCGCUUCAUAAAUUUAUGUCGUUUCGGUGAAUCAUUGUGUCACCGAACCAGAGACAGAAAAUACAGACAGUAAAGAUGCUUUGGUUUGAGGGCUCAAUUCCUGAUGCCAUUAACUUAGCUAAGCAGCGGGGCUCAGUCUUUGUGGUUGUCAUUACAGGGAAAGAUGAACAGUCCGCACAGCUGAUCUCCAGCUGGGAGGAUGACAAAGUGUCCGAGGAAGCAAAGAACUGUUAUGUGGCUAUCAACGUCGAUGCCAAGAGCGAGCCAUGUGUGCAGUUCUCUCAGAUCUAUCCAGUUGUGUGCGUACCCUCUAGCUUCUUUAUUGGGGAGAAUGGGAUUCCCCUGGAGGUCAUUGCUGGCAGUGUGUCUGCUGAAGAACUGAUGAAAAGAAUCAACAAAGUUAAGCAGAUGCAUGCUCAACAGAUUGGAGAUGAGAAAGUUCUACCAGAGGCAAGUGGUCCUGUGGAGAACACGCCACUUGAUAGCACAGCUCCAGUCCCAGCUGGAGCCUCAGCCACAGAACCUGCAACAAUAACACAAACAGCAGAAGAUUGCCUCUCCAGUCCAGUAGAUGAUGGCAGUCUUCGAUCCACAGUGACUCCUGCAGAGGAUGCAUCUUCAGAUCAUGCCUCUCAGAGUGAAGAUAAGCUGGAUGCUAAGGUGGAAAGGUUAACUAAGAAACUGGAGGGAAGACAAGAACAAAAGAAGAAAGGUGAAGAAGAGAAGGAGAUCAAGGCGGAGGUAGAGCAGCGGAAGAUGGGGAAGGAUGUGCAAGACUUGAAGAAGCAACGAGAAGUGGAGAGAACCAAGCGACUCCUGGAUGAAAGGAACAGGGAGAAGGCCGAGGAGAAGGCUGCCAGGGACCGGGUCAAACGGCAGAUUGCCUUGGACCGAGCUGACAGAGCAGCACGUUAUUCCAAAACCCAGGAGGAGGAGAAGACUGCCAAGCAGGCCAGACAGGCAGACUACAAGGAUCGGAGGGAGGCAGUGGUCCGGGAGAGGAGUACCAUGGCGAGGAUACAGUUCCGCCUCCCAGACGGCUCCUCCUUCUCCAACCAGUUCCCCUCACAGAGCAGACUGCAGGAGGCGCGUCACUUUGCUGUUCAGGAAGUGGGAAAGCGCUACGGGAACUUCUCCCUGGCGACCAUGUUCCCUCGGCGGGAGUUCACCAGUGAAGACUUGGACAAGACUCUGCUGGAGCUGGAACUGGCUCCAAGUGCUUCCAUCGUGCUUCUGCCACAGUCAAGCAGGCCCACCAACACAGUGGUCCAGUCCUCUGAUGGUGGUAUCUGGGCUGUCCUGGGCACACUCCUCUACCCUUUGCUUGCUGUGUGGAGAUUCCUCAGCUCCUUCCUGUUUGCUACCACGCCUCCCCCUGGAGCAGCAUCCAGAGGCUCCGGCCAGCCAUCCGGCUCCUACACCAACUUGGCAUCGGCCUCCGACAAAGCAAAGAGAGAAAGUGUCAACAAGGACACUGUGGAGAAGCAGAGCAAGGACUUCAAGAAGGAUGGAAAGAUCUGCCAGCUCCGGACUCAGGAGGACAGCGAAGAUGAAAACAACACCUGGAACGGGAACUCCACCCAGCAGAUGUAGCGCAGACACUGCAGUGUGAUUAGUCCAGUGUGACCAGUGCACACUGGUCAGUGUGUUCUCUUCUCCUUAGCAUCUCUAGGCCUAGCCCUGCACCUCGCCUGCAUGGGUCCAUCCAUCCAUCAACAGAACCUCUUUUGGGCUUAAGCUGCGUGUUUUUGUGUAGAUUAUGAUAUGAUAGUGUCUCCAAACCGAGCUCAGGCUAGACAACUCAGUCAGUCGAUCAGAAGCGUUAAAAUGAAGGACCAGUUCUCCUGACCUGAAGAUGUUGAAAUCUGAGCCUAGCCUCACAUUAUGUUGAGAGUCACUUUGUUUUGGAAACGUUUAACUUUUGAAAAGUGAUUGGCUGGCUAAUUGCCAGUGACCCACGCAGAUUAUUACCAAACAGUGGGACGAAGACAUUUUUGUUUUCGAUGUAUGAAAUCCAGCUUGCAGCUGCUGGUUGAGGACUAUGCAUCUGUUGCGGUUGGAGCCAAGGCACUCAUGUGUCAUGUGUGUUGACGAUGGAUGUAGUUCUCCUCAUCCAACAGUGAAAAAUAAAGCAGUCUGUUUUUCAAAAAGCG